GAUCAGCUGAUUCUUCACGCUGCCAUUUUGUCCGGCGGAGACUCAGUGACACCGUCCGCUCACAGGCACCGGGACCGUCGGCGGAGAAAGCACCGAGCGAUCCUACAGCAGCGAGCCGACGGUGUGGAGCCAACAGCCGGAGGACAGCGCCAACCGAGCCCGAGGACCGCGAGAGGAAAGCGCCGAGCUGAGGAGGGGGCUGUGGUUCAGUAACUCACCGCGGUCGCCGGCUCUGCUCCUCCGCCAGACCUCAGCCUCGCACCCCGCUCCCCGGCCGGUUAGCUUCCCCCCCCUCGGCUAGCGUCUCAGCUAACACCCUCCGCUCCCCCUGCCUCCUCUCCCAGGGGGGAACCCGCGCCUUCCCCGGGGGCUGUCAGUCCCGCCCUCUCGCCGCGUGAGCUCCGGACGAUGCCCUGCUCGGCUCUCGGUGACUUUUUACACGCGCGGGGCGGUUCGGCUCACACUUCCCCCCGCCGCCAGUGCUAGCUAGCGGCGGCGCAGGCUAACAAGUUGACGUGGAACCUCGAGCGUCCGGAUCGCGGAGAUCGUCGCCGGUGCUGUCGGGGGCUGUGACUUCGCGCGGAUUCACGUCACUCAUUCGCGUUAUUGACUUUUCUCCUCCGAACCAGUCGCCAGGUCACGAACAGCCUGUCAGCGAUGAGUAUUAGUGGCCGGAAAGUCCUCUGCAGUGUUUACAAAGUCCACAGCGGGACUCUUUCCUGGUUCCUGUGCUGCAGCGUUAGCUAACACACGCCAGCUCUCGUCGGUGUCGGUGUCGGUGGUGUUGACUCAGAUCCUCCUGCAGAACUGAUUGUGGGCUUUCUCCUCUUUCCCCAAACUCGGUUCUACCCGCGGCUGGUUCUCCUCGCUGGUGACAUCACCGCUGCUCCUCGGAAACUAGAAGAACUGGUCUGGUUUUUUUUUUUUGUUUUUUUUUGUUUGUUUGUAACCUCCGACCUGACAGGGACGUCACGUUGAGCUGUCGAUCGGGGUCGUUGUCGUGCGGUUGUUGAACGGAUUGAAAGGAGGAGAAGGAAGGAGAAGAGAGAGAGAGAAGGACGAAUAGAACGCGAUGUCAGGCCAGUCUAUCACGGACCGGAUCGCUGCAGCGCAGCACAGCAUGACCGGGUCGGCCAUCAGCAAGGCUGUGUGCAAAGCCACCACACAUGAAGUCAGCGGACCCAAGAAGAAACACCUCGACUAUCUGAUCCACUGCACCAAUGAGAUGAACGUGAGCAUUCCCCAGCUGGCGGACACGCUCUUUGAGCGCACAGCCAACUCCAGCUGGGUGGUAGUCUUCAAAGCCCUUAUCACCACCCACCACCUCAUGAUGUACGGCAACGAGCGUUUCAUCCAGUACCUGGCCUCAAGAAACACCCUGUUUAACCUGAGCAACUUCCUGGACAAGGGAGCUCUGCAAGGUUACGACAUGUCAACCUUCAUCAGGCGAUACAGCCGUUACCUGAACGAGAAGGCCAUGUCCUACAGGCUGGUGGCUGUGGAUUUCACCAAGAUGAAGAGGGGGAUUGACGGAGUGAUGCGCACCAUGAGCACAGAAAAGCUGAUCAAGACGCUGCCCAUCAUCCAGAACCAGCUAGAUGCUCUGCUGGAUUUCCAGGCCAACCCUAAUGAGCUGACCAACGGAGUGAUCAACUCGGCCUUCAUGCUGCUCUUCAAAGACUCCAUAAGGCUGUUUGCUGCUUACAAUGAGGGGGUCAUCAACCUGUUGGAAAAAUACUUCGACAUGAAGAAGAACCAGUGUAAAGACGCUCUGGACAUCUACAAGAAAUUUCUUUACAGGAUGACGAAGCUGUCAGAGUUCCUCAAAGUGGCCGAGCAAGUUGGAAUAGAUCAGGGUGACAUCCCAGAUCUCUCACAGGCCCCCAGCAGCCUCCUGGAGGCUCUAGAGCAGCACUUGGCCUCUCUGGAGGGCAAGAAGACCAAGGAGCUGAACGCAGACACCAGAGCGUCCACCUUGUCCAGCGCCGUCUCAUCUCUCUCCUCCACCGGCAUGUCCUUCAGCCGCAUGGACGAGAAGGAGAAGCAGCAGGCCCUGGAGGAGGAGCAGGCCAGACUGCAUGCUCUGAAGGACCAGCGCCUGAAGGAAAUCAACAUGCAUACUCCGCCCUCUGCCUCCCCCAGCAGCCAGUCGAUAGGCAUGGCCAACAACAACCACAUCACACAAACCCCAGAGUUGUUCAGCUCCACGCUGUCUGCCAACAGCGUGCCCAAUCUGAACAGUGACCUGUUUGAUCUUCAGCCGGCCUUCAUCCCCGCUGUGCAUAGCAAUCCUUCCAUCUCCACCGCCAACAGUGCCUGGGGAGGACUGGAGAGCCAGCAGACUGCACCGACCAUGACCGUAGAUUUCGAUGCUGUGUUUGGGAAUAAAGCUGAACCCAGUAACAACGGCCCACAACCUGCAGCCGGUUUCGAUGCUCUCGGAGACUUGUUGAAGCCGACAAUUCACGCACACACCGCACCUCCACCUCAAAUGACCAUCCAUCCUGGAGGAAAGCUGCUAGCCAACGACCUCGACUCCUCUCUGGCCAACCUUGUGGGCAAUCUGCAGUUCGGUGGGACUCCAGCCAAGAAGCCAGAGAUGCAGUGGAGCCAGCCUGGAGAGAAGAAGCUGACGGGGGGGCAGAACUGGCAGAACAAGACCAUGUCGACCACACAGUGGAGCCCUGCGCCCGUGGCCCCACAGCCCAUGCCUGUACAACACGUGAAUGGAAUGUUCUAUACUAGUUAUGCUCCGGCUCCCAUGGCUUUCCCCAUGACCACACCGCAAGUGCCUGUGUAUGGAAUGGUCCCUCCCCAGAUGGGUCAGAUGGGCGGGGUACCAGUGAUGGCUCCUCAGCCAAUGAUGUACAACCAGCCUGUUCUCAGACCCACCAACCCCUUCGCACCCAUGCCCGGAGCCCAGAUGCAGUUUAUGUAAUCCAGUCGGGGGGGAAAGCAGAGUGCCAAAAGCGACAAACAAACAGCAGAAGAAAACACAGGAGAGGAACGAUCAGACGGACGGAGGAAUGAUUUGAUCAAGUAAAAAUGACUAAGACGACAAGAACCGACACCAAAAAACGAGGUGGACAGAGGUGGAGAUGACCCAAUGGAGGGGGGGUGGUGGUGAGGGGCGAUGUAGUGUCAUCCUGGAUGGUCUUUGUCUGAAACAACUCCCUGUGUGUGUGUCUGUGUGUGUGUGUGUGUGUGUGUAGCUUCUUCCUGUUGUCUGAUUUAAAUCGAUGGAGUGAUGCUUUAGAAGAGGGAAUAUAGACGAGAGAGAAAGACGUGAGGAAAGACGGAGGAGAGAAGAAGAGGACAGAGGGAACCCGACCUCUGGUUUUCAGUCAGACGUUGUUUAUACGUCUGACUGCUGUGAAAGUCUCUGCUGCAGAAUUAGCUUUAUUUCACACUGGUGCUAUUUCUUCUUCUCUGGGUUACUGCCCGCCUGCAACGGCAACUCGCGAGCAUUUAAGAGAGGACGAGUUAAUUUAGUGUGAGUGCGGAGGUGUGGUGUGUUGUAUGUUUGUGCACAGCAGUUGUUUCAGACGAUGCCCUCACAACCGACCUCCGUUCCCUCCCUCGUUGUCCGACUGCGUCCACGACUGUCCAAUCAGCAAGAGUCUUCUGGUGUGUUUCCUGUACUUUUCUGCUCCGUUGGGAUAUCUUAGUAUUUUUCGAUCUCUUUUCUCCUGCAACCUCUCCUGAAUGUUAUCGGGGCUUGUACAGCAAUUUGUUGAAUCAUUUUGUUAAUAGUAGUUGAGUGUUUGCUGUUAUGGGUUUUUAAGCUAAAGUCUUUGUUGCUCAUGCUGCAUCGUUUUCUUCUCUUAAAGCCACAGAUACACACGGAGAGGCGGGAGUUAGCGGAGACGACAUGCUAGUGCGGCACAGAGUUGUCGAGAGCCAAAAAUUGUUGCAAAUGUGUUUAUCAGAAAAAAGACCUCGUCACACCGGAAAGUAGCGAGUAAACACUUGGAUCUAUGUUAAUGUGUUUCCAUGUCGGAGCUAUUGUACCUAAUGAGCUAACCGCUAACACCACAAGCCAGUCAGGAACUUAUGAUAGCUAGCUUAUGACUGAUCUUCAAUGUUUCUAUGUGAAACAUACAGACUAUUUAAGCUGUUGAGCUAACAGCUAACUCAAUAGCCAGCCAGGGACCGUGUGAGCUACAGUUAAUGUUAAAGUGUUCUUCUGAGAUUAAGAUAUUCAAAUUAUUGUAGCUGUUGAGCUAACAGCUAGACAGCCAAGAACAAUUAUUGACAGUUUAUCCAAAACAUUUUGUCGAUUGUUUUAUAAAACACGGCUAACAAGCUACGAUAGCUUCCUUUCAUUUUCACCUCGAUGUCUGCACAGGCAUUGGUCAAUAGCAAAAAUCGAUCUUGAACAUUUCCUUCUCCCUUGUGAGUAAAUUCACACGAUGGAACCUUUAGCUCGUUAACUUUGGACGUUUUGGCUAAAAUGGAGGAAACUUCUACUUUUUGUCGUACUAGCAUCAUUAGCCCGUUAACACCUUGAUGAUCUGUGUGUAUCUGUUUUUCUGGUCUUCAUCAGAUCGCCAAGCAGAAUCAAACAUCGAGGGGGUUUCUAAAAUAAGAUCUUUUUCAUUCGGACCGCCCCGGUGACAGAACCACGCAAUGUGCCAAUGAUUGUUGCCCGCAGCACUGAGUGAGUUCAACGUUACUGAAUCAAGUAGAAAUCACUUUAAAUUGCACUGAAUCAAAGUGAGACUCUUCUCGUGCGACGAGUUCUGCGCCGAGAGCCAAACACGGAACGUUUGGCACAAACCUCGCUCCGUCGGUCUGGGAAAUUCGGGGGAUUCGGGGGAUUUUAAUUCGACUUGUGGUCAUUCUUCAGCCAAAGCUUACAUCGCCACGAGUUUGACUGUUGGUGUAUUUGGAUUUUAUGUGUCCAUGUGUAUGCUAACACAUUUAUAUGUAUGUUUUCCAUUGAGGGCUAUUUCCGAGGGUCAAAUUUUGAGCCUGCGAGUUUGACAUGAAAUGUGCUCGUUUCGUUUUUGUAAAAUCUAAUUUUGUUGCAAAAUGCACAUGCGAAAAUUUUGCACUGAAGUGACUAUCCUGCCGUAGUAGACCUGUCGCCAGAUCUGGCAUGGAAACGUUGAGAGAUUUGUAAAGAUAGUUUGGGGUUUUACAAUAACAAGUUUGUCUAAUCUACCAGCCACAUUGGCGAGUAACUAAAAAAAGUUAUUUUCCUGCCAUUUUACAAAUGAACUUGAAACUGUUUGUACUCCCAUCCCCGGUCCAGCGUCUACAUCCCAACCAUCAGUGAUAGUCCAGUCGCAUCGUAUCUCGCUUCAGUCUCCACUCUGUCUAGUUGGUCUCUAGAAUGAUUUCUUUCAGUCUGGUUCUUCAGUGUUCGAUGUGUAGAUAUGUAAAAACUAAAAACCAAAAAAAAAACCCAGUAAUAAUAACCAGUUUCUGUCUCGAUCGUCAGCACUCACCCAUCACUGUUGGAUAGAUAUUGCUCUUGUCGCGGUCUUGUGUUAGCUUAGCCUCUCGUCAUAGUGUAGAAGACCUCCUGCUGUAGCUUUCCCACCUCGUCCCUGCCAGUGUCUCGUAACUAUAGCUCUUAUCUCUCUUGGUGUCUCUGUCUUUUAGGUGUAGAUUAAACCUGGCGGAGGCUCGUUGGCUCAGGCUUUAUGGUUCGCUUUCCUCUAGCUUUAAGUGCGCUCUUUCUUCUGGCUUUUAGCAUCACUCCAGUGUCCGUUAGGUGAGAUCCUCGUCUUGUUUUCUUUUCUCUUUCCCGUCUGGACAACAACUUGUACUCGUUGUGAAACUCAGCAGCCAACAAACUGUUUCUGAUUGGACUGUUGAAUCCCAAAUGGAGAUUGGCGCAAGUAAAGUAAAGUUCAGCCGUGUUUGGAAAUGAGCUUUGGCUAAAUGCUAACAGAUCUGAAGCUCGAGUGGCAACUGAACUAGUGGUCACGUGGACCCUCUUUGCCCGUCGCCACGUCUUUCCGACCAAACUGUUCAAAUAACUUUGAUAGAUGAACAAAAUCUCACGUCCUGUUCGACUGGAACUCUGCCUCUGCACACGGACAAGUGUUUACCGCAGUCGUGUCGUGUAGCGGCGGACAAACAAGCUGGUGGUGGAUCCAACAUCAUUUGGAAGAAUCACAAUUCCAGCUGUAGAGGGGAAACUGCUUCUUUUAGUUUUCAUGUCAACAUGAACUCCCUCCGACACAGUUUGUCCCAAACUUUUAGAGUCGAAAGCCUCCGAAGCUCCAGGGUCUGAAAUAAAAACACCUUUUUGUUCAGGCUCCACGUCGGGCGCCUGCAAAACUAUUCAAUUGAUGCUUUUUGUCUCCUGGUGGUUCUUGUGUUUUAUGGGACAUUUGUCUUUCUGUCUCUAAUCCGAUGUGAUAAAUUGUCGCAUCAGGAAACGAAGCGGCUUUGAUGCAAAAUCAAGUCAUUGAAGAUCGGAUCGUUUCUGAUGUUUCAUAUCCUCAGAAAACAACAAACUCUUUCCUUAAGAGGUAAAAUCUACUUUUUUCUCUUCCCCUCGGUCGGUUUCUUUUCUUUCUCUUUGUAAACCUUAAUAUUUCUCUGCAUGGAAUCCAGUCCUGCCUGUUGCUUCGAGGUUUGAUUUGUCUUUGUGUCCCUCGUGGUUUCAAAGUUGUCGUAUUCCUGUGUGCGAUAGGCGGCGAAGAAGAGGAGACUCCCGUGGUUCUUUUUGUUUUAUCUUCGUUACUGGCUCACGUCCUGAGCGUCGAUGUAACUGCCAGUAAUUAAAACAGCUUUAUCACUUCGGUAAUGGUCGUAUCCAGGGGGUGGGGGGGUUUGGCCGAGCAUGCAGGCUCCUCUUUCGGCAACUCCCUCCAUUAAUAUUCUCCCACUCUUCGUCUGGGAAGUCCCCCCAGCGCGACCGCCGUUCUCUGGGAUUGCCCAACGACUCGGGCGGUGUAGGUCCGAUCAGCCUCGUGGAUGGUGUUCGGAAAGUUUCUCUCAACUUCAAACGCUGCUGCCACCUCUCUGCAUUGUUGUAGCAUGAAUCCAGAUGGAGACGGAUACACUGAUAAACCUUGAUGUCAUUUUAAAACGUUUGUUCUCUGCUGAGGCCAAACGCUCAGAGAGCGGACUCCCCUCUCUCGGGUCGGUGAGAGCAUGGUUGUGUCGUUGUGGAUGUUUGUUGUCCUUUUUCCAAAAAAAAGCAUGAUUUGACAGUGAUGGUGAUAAACUCCUCUUUUAGUCCCCGUUUUUCAGACGUCUCCCUAAAGAGCGAAAUGGAUCAGACUUUCUUGACCAGUCAUUUUCCGUCCAUGACAGUUUGAAGUGACUCUGACAGAAGGAGACAAACCUCCCAGAAGAAGAAGUCACUGUUGUUCCUCGCAGCUCUUGUCCUCUGCUUGGGUUGUGGCGCCAUCUGUGGGUCGCUGUGCAGAGCAGGAAGAGAAAUGCAGGAUUCAGAAAUGAAACGUCAGAGAAGCUGUGACGCAGAUAAAGUUCCUGGUUUUCUGUCGGUGUCAAAGAUCUCUUGUGCACGUUCAGUUUUUCUACAUCUGUGUUUUUUGGUAAGAAACCUCGGAUUGCUGCCUCAAUAUUCUGUACAUAGAGAAACUCACACAAACACGCAGCUUGAAUACAUACACUUAUAAUCCGCAUUAUUUUCAUUUACUCUUUAUUUUUCUGAACAGAUAUUAGUGUUCGUACGCAGUAUAUUGGUAUGAUUACUACUCGGUGGGGGCGGGUGAAACAGAUGAUGCAGAUUUCGAGGGCAGCCGGAAAUCAGGAUCAGCCAUUAAUUCUCAAAGAUGCCAAAUGUUUUUGUUCUUGAGCAGAGUUCCACCUUUUAAUCGGUUCCUCUCUCUCUCUCUUCUGUCUCCUCCCCCGUCUCUUUGUACAUUUUUUUUCUAUUUAUUUAAAGCAGAAUUAUAGAUUGUAUCAAGCAUGGAAAGGCUAACAAAUGUUACAGUGGACAGAAAUCACAGGCUUUUAUUUUACAGCAGUAUAUUUGUUUAUUCAAAGGAUUUGUUUUCUCUUUUUUGGAAGAAAUAAAGUCAUUUUCCAUUCCUA